AUGUCUUAUCAGUCUCCACUUCACAAUGGAGCUAGUAAGAGGAGUGCUUAUCUUGGAAAAGAUGGUUUACCAAAUCUGGACUCAUUAAAGAUCCAGUCCAAGGACUCAAAUGUUGAUAGAGAAUUUAAAAUUGACUCAGGAGCUCACGUAAACGGUUUAGCUACGGCACUUGCAAAUGGAAUUUCUUCUGUUGAGGGUUAUGUUGGUUACUCCAACUUACCUAACCAGAUUUAUCGGAAAGCUGUUCGCAAGGGGUUUGAAUUCAACAUCCUUGUUGUUGGAGAAUCAGGCGUUGGAAAGUCCACGUUUGUGAAUUCACUGUUUCUCAGUGAAGUUUACAACACUGAUCACCCUGGCCCAUCUAAACGUCAGAGAAAAACUACUUGUGUUCAGUCACACACAGUUAUACUUAAAGAAAACGGUGUUUAUCUAAAGCUCAAUUUGAUCGAUACUCCAGGGUUCGGCGACUGUAUAGAUAAUACUAACUGUUGGCAACCGGUUCUGGAUUAUAUUAUUUCGCGCUUCGAUGAUUACAUUUCUGGAGAGAGCCGAGUCAAUCGUCCGUGUCAGAGCAUCCCAGAUCAGCGUAUCCAUGCAUGUAUUUACUUUAUUGCUCCGACAGGACAUUCACUGAAACCAUUGGAUCUAGAAUUCCUGUCACGCAUACAAGAUAAGGUUAACGUAAUCCCCGUGAUCGCUAAAGCUGACACAUUGACUCCAGAAGAAUGUCGUGAAUUCAAGAAAACAAUACUAAGUGACUUAGCAUCUAGAAAGAUACGCGUAUUCGAGUUUAUCGACCCACCUGAAUGCUCAGAUCGGAGCAACGAUGAGGAAUUAGUUAAACUACGACGACUACGUGAUAGGGUUCCCUUUGCUAUUGUCGGAGCUAAUACACUGAUUACUAAUAAUGCUGGAGUUCGUGUUCGAGCGCGCUCUUAUCCUUGGGGUAUCGUCGAGGUUGAAAACAUGGAUCAUAAUGAUUUUGCUGCCAUACGGUAUCUUUUGUUAAGCGUUUACAUGCAGGAAUUACGUGAUGUGACUCAUAAUGUUCAUUAUGAAAAUUAUCGAAAUGCCAAACUUUCAGGCAUUGCUUUGGAGAGCCACUUUCAGACACGUGAUGGUAAAGAUCCAAUGGCUCUCAUGGAAGCUGAGAAAAAAGAACAUGAAGCCAAAAUGCGUAAAAUGGAAGCAGAAAUGGAAGCUGUAUUCGACCAGAAAGUUGAAGAAAAAAAUCAGAAACUUCGUGAACUAGAAUCUGAUUUAAUGCGACGUGUAGAGCAAAUGAGAGAACAAUUAAAAGCCCAAGAAUUAGAACAAGAAGCUGCUCGACGUGCAUUUGAAUUAGAACGUCAAAAUUGGGAAGAAAAUUGGCGUGAAUGGGAUAUUGGUGCAGAGAUUGGGACAAAUGGUCCAACACUAGGCCUUGGUGAACGAGUUAUGAAUGAGAAUAAUUCCUUUGAUGUUAUAAAAUCAGGUAUUUUUGACGAUCCUCAUUUGCAUUUACAUCACCGGAUAAUUCUCCUUAUCUUCAUUGUUACUGUUGUUUUCGCUGCUGAUACUACUGUUUUUUUCUAG